AUGGAGGAGAUGCGGACUCGUGUGCUUAGGAACCACGAACGGUGCAAGUUUGUUCAGCGUUCGGCCACAGCCGUCGCAGCCUCAGGAUUGACCGGAGCGCUGGGCACGUGUUUUCUUCCACCGAUAUCUCUUGCUUGUGCUGGCGUUUCAGCUGCCAGCGGUAUUGUUAAUUAUUACACAAAGUUCGCCUACGAUAAACUUGAGGAGUCGUAUGAAAAUCGUUUGGAGUUUUUGGAGGCGCGUGCCAACAAGGCUGAGAAGAGUGUUUUGGAUCUUUGCGAAAGAAUUUAUGACAUGGACACGAGCACUUAUCCACGCGUACUCGCCUCAAGUGUUCCUGUAACGUUAAGCAUUGCCUACAACAACAACAGCAACAAUGAUGAUGAUGAUGGUGUUAACGGCAGUGAGUGCAAAGCUCAACAAAUUGCGUCUAAGUGUGUCAACGCAGUCGCCAGUGUGGCUGAUAGCUGUCGGCCGCUGCCCCCGGCCCUGUCUCGAAUUGAUGCGUUAAUUUUUCGUUUAAGGCAUCAAAUAAAGCAGGGCGAAGCGCUGUUAGAGGCGGUGAAGAUUAAACUUGACGAGAUGCGACGACCGAGAAAAAACGGCCACACUUCCGCGUUUUCGGAUGGUGCGCCAGGCAAGAAGGCGGAUUGUUCGUCGCGACAGUUGCUCCUAUCCGUCAUCGGGGUGUCAGCUGUUUUCGCCAGAACCCUGACCCCUGCCUCGCGUGCGCACCAAAUCAAUUCCUUUCUCCAUUCCAACACCUAUACACACGCAAACUCCCUAGCCGGUUUGAUGUACUUCAAGGCUUAUGAAAUACCUUCGACGCAAUUCUCCCUCAGACCGCAUUGGAUAGCGUUGCCGGCGCCAGCAGAGCCCGGAGCCACGUCAGAUGGUAAUUUUGCAACUGAUUUGCAGAUUAAUUAA